CAGAUCUUCCGCUGGUCCAGGGACGCGUGUCGUCGGUGCAGUGACCCAUCCCUCGGUCGCCUUCCACGUAGGGAGUUUCGCUGUUCCACCUGUCACGGGGACAAGACGUCGCGCGGCUCUAUUUAAGGCCCCUAAGCAUUCCAAGCACCUCUCAUCAUCUUCUUCUUCAUCAUCAUCAUCAGCAGCGAGUGAGUUGAGUCAGUGUUGUGAUCCGAGUUGAGUGCGAUUUGGGGGUGUUUUUGUUGGUUCUGUUGUUGUUGCCACACAGUGUGAGGAGAAAAAUGCAGCCCAUGAAGAAUGCGGCGGCUUCCGCCAAGGAGACGGUGGCCAACAUCGGCGCCUCCGCCAAGGCCGGCAUGGAGAAGACCAAGGCCGUCGCCCAGGAGAAGAUGGAGAAGAUGACGGCCCAUGAUACGGUCCAGAAGGAGAUGGCCACCGAGAAGAAGCAAGAGCGAGUGGAGCAGGCUGAGCUCAACAAGCAGAUGGCCCGCGAGGAGAACGCGGCCUCCAAGCAAUCCACCGCCGCCACUGGCCACCUCUCUACCACCACCACCGGCCCCGGCACCACCACCACCACCGGCACUGGCACCACCAACACCUACUCCACCACGGGCGUGACCGGCCAGCCGACCGGGGCGCACCAGAUGUCGGCCCUGCCCGGCCACGGCACCGGGCAGCCGGCCGGACAGGUGGUCGAGGGUGUGGUGGGGUCCCACCCCAUCGGGACCAACACGGGCACGGGGCGGACCACAGCGCACAACACCAGGGUCGAUGGGACUGGGAAGGGCUACGGCACGGGCGGGGCCUAUAGUUAAACAUUAUAGAAUGAACGGGGGACGGAAGGGGGAGUGUGGUGGUUGGGUGCUGUAGUGGAGAAGUAAAAUAAGGAACGUAUAGUGCGUGUUUCCUUCUUUGUAUUGCGGUGUUCUUACUAGUUUUCAGGUUGACUCCUUGUGUUGUUGUGAUUUGUGAAGAUGCAUUUUCCAGAUGGUUUUUAAUAAGACAAAUGAUGUGUUCUACAAUACAUAAUCUCAGAUGUCAAAUUCCUAA